ACAGUGCCUGGGAUGGGAGUAGGCUCUGAAAAGUGUGCUAUUACUAUUUAUAGAACAAGCCCCAAUUCUCUAGAAGCUAUCACUAAGGACUUAUGUGGCAAGAUGCAGUGGUACAUGAGAUGUAUGAUGUUGCUCUCUGGGGCAUUUUUCCUGCUCUACUUCGGACUGCAGCCACUGACGGAGCUCUUUGACGAAAACUCCCCAGCCGAUCAGGACCUGGAGGUCGUCUUGAUCAACACCUCCCAAUGCCAUUUGGUGGGCCGGCAAAGCCCUCCACCCAUCACCCGAACCCACGAGAAUGUCGUCCUACUGCGGUGCAACAAGCUACAGGUACUGUUCACGGAUACUAGGAGCGACGGAAACUACCUGAUGCCCAGUCAAAUUUUCGAGAAGUUGUGGUGCAAAUACUGGCUAUAUACUCCUCAGGACUGGAACAUGGAGAAGUUGUUGGGAGAAGGCCAGUUCAACUUGCUUCCAAAUGAGCACGAGGGCUUCAAAGUCGGCAGUGGCCGGCAGACAGUUCGAGUUUUGUGCAAAAGUGCUGCGAAUGAAGUCAAAUAUCAUGAUGUUCUCCUGUUCCUGCCACCCCCUGAGCCGGAUCUGAUUCCUGAGCCCGAGAGUGGCGACAAAUUGUCGGUUCUGAUCUUGGGAAUCGAUUCUUUAUCCCACAUGGUGUUUCUCCGGAACUUUCCAUUCAUAAAUAGCCUCUUGGAUUAUUUGCCGCAUUUCAAACUCACGGGGUACAGUCGCGUGGGCUUAGGUGCCUAUGAGAAUAUUAUGGCACUUUUGAGUGGCCGUAGCAUCGACGAACUGGAUCCAGACUGGCAGAACCCAGAGGAUGAAAGUGGCGAGGCUAAAGGUCCCCAUUUCCUUUGGGAGAAGUUCAAAGCCGCAGGCUACAAAACUGCCUACGGAGAGGAUACGGCCCAGAGCUUUGCCGACAGGACUGAAAGGUGGAGAUUUGCCAGGGAAUUUCCGGAAUUUAAUAUGCAUCCUAUAAUGCUGAAAAUGGAUCGCCACACGCGCUACAGCAUCGACAUCCGUGAAAUGAUUCACUGUACUGCUGGACGUGCUUUCGGAGAGGUCCUGCGAGAUUUUAUUACCAGUCUAGUGCCGCAUUUCAAGAAUCGCUUGUUUUUCUCCUUUUUUUGGGAGUCGCAGGGCGUUGAGGAGUACUACGAGUACUCCCGGACCCUGGAUGUGGCCUACUUGAUGCUUUUGAAGCGCUUAGAGGAAGAGAACAUCCUAAAUAAGACUCUGGUCCUAUUGGUUUCCGGACACGGACUGCGCAAGGGAAACUACAGGAUGAGCUACCAGGGCAUGCAGGAGGAGUCGGAGCCUCUUUUGAUAGCCAUUUACCCCGAGUGGCUAAAAGCGAAGUAUCCCAGAGCCAUAACAAAUCUCGAGACCAAUACCAAAAGGUUGGUUACUCCAUACGAUUUGCACAAGACUUUACAGGACGUGCUCCACUUGGAUCGGAUAAAGGACUCUCACUUGCAGAAACGGAUGAAGAAACUGGAGUCCAGGACUGGGAAAAAGGUGCCCCGGGGAAUAAGUCUCUUUCUGCCGAUUCCGGAUGCGAGAACCUGCGACAUGGCGGGCAUACCCUCCCUAUUUUGUUUCUGCCGCGAUCUUACCGAAGUGCCCACGGACGAUGGCCUGGUGGUCCAGUGCAGUCGCUUCCUGGUGAAGUCCAUCAACCAAAUGCUCAAACCAUACCCCAAGUGCGAAGAACUGAAACUCCAUAUGGUGCUUUUGGCCUAUUUUGUGGACUUUGGGGAGGAAUCCUUCAUCUAUGAACUGAAGCUGAGGGUGAAGACUAUGCCGGGGGAGGGAGUUUUCGAGGGUACGGUACGGAUCACGGACAAGAUGUAUCUGACCAGUCCCGUCAAUCGGAUCAGCCGGUACCUCAGCCGAUCCACCUGCGUAAAAGAGCCGUACAUCAGAACAAUGUGUCAUUGCCGCGAUUAAGAAAUGUAAUAAAAAUGAAUUAUAUUUGGA